UAAUCGUAUCAGUUCUGUAACUUUGAGUGCUGAGAAAUCAAAGCAAAACAAUAAAAGCGCAUCAAUCCGGCCAUCAUGGGGUCCGAAACACGUUGUCAACUCGCGGUCGUGGACGUCACUGCUAAAAACAUGAAGCCUGGCUCAGAAGCUUGGGUUUCAGCCUGUGGUGUCGUGCGUCGCUCACUCGAAGAAGAUGGCUGUUUCAUUGCACUUUAUGAUAAAGUCAGCCCGGGGCUUUGCCAUUCUAUGUUGUCUGCGCUGGAUGAACUGUUUGGUCUCCCUUUAGAAACCAAAAAGCAACUCACCAGCGACAAGCUUUUCCAUAGCUACUUUGGAGUCUCGUGGCUUCCCUUGUACGAGUCCGUGGCCAUCGACAAUGCUCUGUCCGAUGAUGGUUGCCAAAAGUUCGCUCACAUUAUGUGGCCUCAAGGAAAUGAUCGUUUCUGUGAAAUAAUGAAAGAGUAUGGAAAGUGGAUGGCGGAACUCGACCGUUUGGCGAAGAGAAUGGUGUUCGAUAGCUACGGGGUGGGCAAGAAGCCAUGCGAAUCAUUCCUAGAAUCAAACGACUAUCUGCUUCGAUUCUUGAAGUACAGAAAACCGGAGAAGGAUGAGAGUAACUUGGGAUUGCAUGCUCACUCGGACCUGACGCUGCUAUCCCUAUUGCAUCAACUCAAUUUCGGAGGCCUGGAAAUCAAACCCAAGGGCAAGGACUACUGGAUCGAGGUUGAUGCCUCCCCCUCCUCCUUCGUCGUCAUGGCCGGUGACGCAUUAAAGGUGUGGAGUAACGGGAGGGUGCACUCGUGUGAACACCGAGUUGUGAUGAAGAAUGCAGAGAGAACGAGGUAUUCGGUGGGAUUCUUUUCGUUCAGCGGGAAGACGAUGGAGGUGCCGGAGGAGCUGGUGGACGAGCAGAAUCCCUUGCGUUAUAGACCAUUUGAUAAUUAUGAUUACCUUCGGUUCUGUGACACUACCAAAAUCAAAGAUCCUGCUGAGGUGCGUCUCGCAACUUAUUGCGGUGUUUGAAAGAAAGCUGGUCAGUUUCUCUUUUUCAACAAACAGGGUGGGUGGGUGUCUUGGUGCUUUUCAAAUUAUGGGCUUCCUGUUGUUUCUUCCUGUUUUAAAUAACGGACUAAUGAAGUCAACCUAGCGUCCGUGCGUUAACAUGCAUAUUAAUACAUGCCUUGAUGUACUCAGGAGUUUGCUUGUUAUUUCUCGAUCUUGUCUAGUAAAAGUCAAGAGUGACCCGUGUAUUAGUCAUGGCAAAAUAA